UGGCGAUAUCUAGAUCACCUGACAGUAUAUUCGAAGAGCCAAUGAGAACGCGGGACCUGUCUAACCAUCAAACAUCAUGUCCGACCUCAGAAUGCACCCCGCUCCUUUUCAGUACUCAGCCGAGCAAUGGGCUCGUUACUGCCUCGAAAACGGUACCUCCGGCUCGUAUCCAUCAAACAGAGUGGACAACCCCAAGAUGCAUCCCGAUAAUCUCUAUGGCCCGGUCGAGGAAUGGACUCGUUACUGCAUCGAUAACGGUAUACGCUUACCGAUCCCAUCGUUCCCGGAAAAUGCGAUUCUCCCGGACGAGAGAAUACAACAAGACAUCAAUAAAGCUUGGGAAAAGUCCUCCCGUCAGACUCUGGAGGCUGAUGGGCUCGAAUACCGUGUUGAUAUAAGUCAAUGUGCUAUCCAGAGAGAAGGAGACCCCGAUGAUAAGUUCACCAUUAGAGCCUAUCGACCCAAAAACACCAAAUACCACGGUGUUCCCCUCCCCCUCUAUGUCCACUUUCACGGCGGUGGCUUCCUAGCAGGCAAUCUGGACACCGAAGAUGCGACCUGUGUGCGCAUGGUUGCCCAGCUCGAGGAAGCAGACUGCCCCGUAAUCGUCAUUAGUGUCGGAUACCGUGUUACAUCAGAGGCACCACACCCGGCUGCCUACCAGGAUGCCUGGGACGCCUAUGAGUACUUGGAGCGUAAUACUGAUAUCAUGUUCGGGGGCGACGUUACCCAUGUCAUCGUUGGUGGGGUGGACGCUGGGGCAGCGCUGGCACUUCACUUGGCGGUGUUCUCAAACUUAGUCUUCGACGAAGGGAUGCAGAGGGGUUUGACAAUUAUUGGGUUGAUGCUCUGUAGCCCCCGGUUGCCAUAUAUGGAUGCAGAGGGCAUGGGUAUUUCUGGAGAGCAGGGUAUAGAUGCCCCCAUUUGGCCUCAAGCUUUGCAUCUCAUGUUUUGCAGAAAGCUGGCUAUUUAUGACGUGCAGAGUCCGGAGUAUGUGCUCAAUAGCCUCACGAAGUAUGAGGGGUUGCCAAAAACAGGUGUCCUAAUUACGGGGCAGAGCUUGCUCAGAGAUCAGGGCCUAAAGCUGAGAGACAGACUGGAGGCCUGUGGGGUUCCGGUUCAAUGUCGGAUUUAUCCCGGAUUGCCCCAUGACUUCCGACGGAUAAAUGAAUUGCCUACGUGUGUGAAAUGGGAUGAGGACAUCGUGGAGGGAAUCAGAUGGUUUCUGGGUCUUGGUCCUGGCUGGGAUUCGCCCGCCCGGGGAAGAGAUCCAUAUCCUGGUGCAUGAGUUGAAGAGC